AUGUCUUCCACAUCUUCUGAACUUAACUACAUCGCUAAAUUGGACGAGCAAUAUCGAUGUUGUUGCGGAAAGUUGCACAUAACUGUACGUGUGCUUUGCUACAACUUGUUUUCUGUAAAUUCUUCAGAAAAAAUUUUCAUUACUUUUAUCUGAAAUUUCCUAAAAAAACACUUUAAAAGUAAUAUAAGCUUUGUGUAACGCCAAAUAAAAUAUUAUGUUUUAGACGGUAACCUAUAUUAUAACCUUCGUGUCGACAUUUUUUAUUGUUUCGAAUUUCAUGAUGAAGUUGUCCGGCUACUCGGAAACCGCUUGGGAUUGGGAGUUGUUGUUCUUAGUGGUAGAUUCGAUUGCUUCCGUAUCAUUGUUUUAUGGCGUAUUUGUACAAAAACCAGCGUUUAUUCAACCAUUUGUUGUACUGAGUGUAAGUUAGCUCUUUGCGUUUUACUUUUUAAUAGUUUUGUUUAAUGGCAGAUAAAAUAUAUUUAAUAUCUUUCGGAUGUAAGCGAGAAGAAGAAUAUAUAAAAAUAAAAUAUUUUUUGGUGACUUUAGGAGUUUUAAAUUAUUUACUUUUAGUCUUUAAGUUACUUGAAGAAAAGGAGGGGUAAAGUUUUUCUUACUUUUUUAAUACUGCAAAUCUUCAAGAUUGUUACCACGUCAUUUCUAAUAUUGUUGGCGACGUCCAUGGCCUCGGCAGCUUUAGAUCCGAACUCAUACUCGGGUCAAGAUUUAGAACUGGAAAUGCAUAAACGUCUAUCCGACGCUGCACAUCAACUUUCACUGCAGUUCAAAAGUGGUAAGGACUUAUAAUAUUGUUUUGGUUUUUAACAACGUAAUAUUUUUUAAUUUAACUUAUUUUUAGUCGUAUCUUUGGUAGCAUCUGUUUGUUUUGUGUUUGUUUUACUAUCAGCUAUGGCUCAUUGUUGGUAUGUUUACGUGGCUGUGAAGUGCGCCCAGUAUUUUCGUCAACUUAAAAAGUUGGACGACGUUGUUUCGCCUGAUUCAGUUUUGGCUAAAUCUACAUAA